CAAGUCCAUCACUGCCAACUGACGAGUGCUGCAUCGCUUGAUCACCCACCGCCAAAAUGACGAUCAAGCACAACCAACAGAUCCAGCACAACCACUUCCGCAAGGACUGGCAACGCCGUGUCCGCACGCACUUCGACCAGCCCGCCAAAAAGUUGAAGCGUCGCAACGCACGGAUCGAAAAGGCCGCGAAGGUUGCCCCUCGUCCUGUCGACAAGCUCCGACCUAUUGUGCGCUGCCCCACGGUCAAAUACAACCGCCGCGUACGAGCUGGUCGCGGUUUCACAUUCGCCGAAUUGAAGGAGGCUGGCAUCCCACGGAAACUCGCACCCACCAUCGGCAUCUCCAUCGACCCACGCCGUCAGAACCUCUCCGAAGAAUCCCUGGCUGUCAAUGUCGAACGCUUAAAAGCCUACAAGGCCCGCAUCAUCCUCUUCCCCCGCAACGCCAAGUCGCCGAAGAAGGGCGAGGCUUCCGCCGAGGAGAUGAAGAAGCACCGUGAGAGCGGCCACGAGGACAAGGUGAAGACCACCAAGAGCCACUUCCCGAUCAGCAACAAGGCCGUCUUCGAGGAGGGCAAGAUCGCGGACUACCCGAGCGAGGAGGGUGCGUACAGGAAGCUCCGUGUUGCGCGCAGCGACGCUCGUCUGGUCGGCAAGAGGGAGAAGAGGGCGAAGGCGAAGGAGGAGGAGGCCGCUGCAUCGAAGAAGUAGGUGCGAGCAAUAGGCAUAGUACUUUGCAUGGACUCGAACGAGGGGUGACAGAGGUAGCCCGAAUUCAAGGAUACUUCUCUUUGUAACGAACUCUCUGAGCCACCCUGUGGGUUCCAAACCAUACCUCGCAUCUGCCAUCUCCAUAGCCUUUCCGUCACAUUCUAAUCUUGUUCCCCUGGGUAGUUCACAAGCAUAUAUGAGUGUUGUCCAAGCCC